UGGUCACAUGACCAGAUUCACUGCUCGCUCUGUUUGUUGCUAAAUCGGUACUUCACAGCGCCUUGAAUGACUCCGUUGUUUGUUUUUAGUCAAAUUAAAGAUACAAAAGACAAACUUUAGUUCUUGGUUUCGCUUUAGAAAUAAGAGAAGAACCGAACCGAAACUGUUUUAUGGUACCUUUGAAAACAGAUCUAACAAACAUCUUCCGGUGUCCUGUUGUCUUUCAGUAUAAAAAUGCAUGUAUCCUAUAAUCAGCUUGAAGGGGAACAGGGCAGAAGACAAGACAACAGGAAAGAACUAAUGUAUUCCAGGUGUGUGUUAGCACUGGCUACUUUAGCUACGAUGCUGCUGACUGCCAUGGCCGUCUACAACCUGCUGACCCCGAGGGAGAGUCGUUUCCAUCCUGUCCCGAGCAGUGGUCAACGUCUGCCCAAGACUGAGUCGUGCUCCGACCCCUGCCAGAUUGUUGUAGUGGAGAGCAUCCCUGAAGGUCUUGUGUUUAACUCCAGCGUCACACACCCUUCCAUCUUCCAGGCCUGGCUCAGUCUGAUGGCUGAGGCCCAGAGUAGCAUUGACAUUUCUUCAUUCUACUGGACGCUCACUAACAAAGACACUGGCACUCAGGAGCCCACGGCUUACCCGGGUGAGACCAUCCUGAAGGCACUGGGGGAACUCUCAGGGAAGUUGUCCGUUCGUAUCGCUGUGAAUUUGCCACAAGCGACGCAACCUAAGGAAGACCUCCAGCUGCUGACUGACUCGGGAGCUGAAGUCAGGACAGUUAACAUGAGAAAGCUCACCUCAGGCGUCCUUCACACCAAGUUCUGGGUCAUAGAUAAGAAGCAUGUGUACAUCGGCAGUGCCAACAUGGACUGGAGGUCUCUCACACAGGUGAAGGAACUUGGUGCAGUGAUCUACAACUGCAGCUGUUUGGCUGCAGAUCUGGGUAAGAUAUUUGAAGCCUAUUGGUUCCUGGGGGAGAGUCAGUCCAUCCCAUCCCCAUGGCCUAACAGCUUUUCCACACUCUACAACAUGGACACUCCUCUCCAACUGCCACUCAACGGCACUCCUUCUGAUGUCUAUUUAACGAGUUCCCCACCAUCCCUGUGUGCAGCUGGUCGAACCCCAGACCUUCGAUCUAUCCUCAGUGUCAUCGAGGAUGCACAAAGCUUUGUCUACAUUGCCGUCAUGAACUACCUGCCCACCAUGGAGUUUUCACACCCUAAAAAGUACUGGUCUGACAUUGACAACCAGCUGAGAAGAGUGGCGUACGAAAAACGUGUCAGAGUUCGUCUCCUGAUCAGCUGCUGGGCCAGUAGCCAACCUGUCAUGAUCCCCUUCCUCAGAUCACUGGCCUCGGUCUACGAGCCCAAGAGUAAACUUGACAUUCAAGUGAGGCUGUUUGUGGUUCCUGCCAGCCCAAAACAGAAGGAAAUACCCUUUGCCAGAGUCAACCAUAACAAGUACAUGGUCACGGACAAGAUAGCUUAUAUUGGUACAUCCAACUGGUCGGGUGACUACUUUGUGCACACUGCUGGCUCAGCAUUGGUGGUCAACCAGACCGCACAGUCUCAGUCCACAGAGCCCACUGUCCAGUCACAGCUGCAGGCUGUGUUUGAAAGAGACUGGAGCUCUGACUACAGCACUCCCCUCACACAAUACUCCGACCUCAAAGACUUCUGAAUUUCUUUGUAGGACCUAAAGAAAGGAGCUCUCUGUGAAGGUGACAAGGACGAUCCUCUAUCGGUCACACGUUCCUCUGACCUUGCCUGAGGCUGCCGGAAGAGGGCAGCAACUGAUCCACUGCAGUUACUGGCAACCUGCGACCAACGGCCAAAUAUGAGAAAUAUAUAUAUAUAUAUAUAUAUUUAAAAACAGGAUCACUAAGGAUCCUGGAUCCAUCUGGAAGAUCUGGAAGAAAUCUGGAAGAAAGCCCAAGCAUAUACAGGGAAAACAUGCAAACCUCACACGGAUAGCCCUGUGAUCGAAGCAGUGAACUGGCGAC